AUGGGAGGAGGUGAAAGACAUCCCAAACAGCCCUCUCGGAUUUGGAACAGCAGAGCUGGGAUCCUGGCGAGCCCCGGCACCCCAACUGAGACUCAGCUCCAUAUUCCAAGGAGGAACUUCCCUGUGGAUUUGAGAGGCGUGUGGAGCAGCAGCUCCUCUCAGAAGCUCACAGAGCUUUGCAGGCUUCGCUCACCCUGGCUGCUGAGCAACAACAAGAUCACGGUGCUGAAGAACGGCUCCUUCUUCGGGCUGCGGGCGCUGGAGAAGCUGGACCUGAAGAACAACCUCAUCAGCACGGUGCAGCCCGGCGCCUUCCUGGGCCUCCCCGAGCUCAAGCGGCUGGACCUCUCCAACAACCGCAUCGGCUGCCUCAGCGGCGGCGUCUUCCGCGGCCUCGCCAACCUCGUCAGGCUGAACAUGUCUGGGAACAUUUUCUCCAGCCUCCAGCCGGACGUCUUUGACGAGCUCCCCUCUCUGAAAGUCGUCGACUUCGCCACCGAGUACCUGACAUGCGACUGCCACCUGCGCUGGGUGCUGCCCUGGGCCCGCAACCGCUCGGCGCAGAUCUCGGACAAGACGGUGUGCGCCUACCCGCGGCACGUGCGCGCGGCGCCGCUCCGCAGCACGCCGGAGAGCCAGCUGCGCUGCGCGGGCACCCCGGAGCUGCACACGCACCUGCUCAUCCCGUCGCUGCGCCAGGUGGUUUUCCAGGGCGACCGGCUGCCCUUCCAGUGCACGGCCACCUACCUGGAUAACAGCACCCAGAUCCGCUGGUACCACAACCGGGAGCCCGUGGAGGAGGACGAGCGCGCGGGCGUCAUUGUGGAGGAGAGUCUCGUCCACGACUGCACCUUCAUCACCAGCGAGCUCAUCCUCUCCAACAUCCACGUGUCGGCCACCGGCGAGUGGGAAUGCGCCGUGUCCACCUCCCAGGGCAACGUCAGCAAGAAGGUGGAGAUCGUGGUGCUGGAGACCUCGGCGUCCUACUGCCCCGCCGAGCGCGUCACCAACAACCGCGGCGACUUCAGGUGGCCCCGCACGCUGGCGGGCAUCACCGCCUACCAGUCGUGCCUGCAGCACCCGUUCGCGCUGCAGCUCCUGGUCUUCCGCAACGGGAAGCUCUUCUGCAGCACCGGCAACUCGUCCCGCCUGGCCGACGACGGCAAGCGCCGCAGCGUGGCCACGCCGGUCAUCUACGCCGGGACGGCCGGCUGCGGCGUGGGCAACCUCACGGAGCCGGUGGCCGUGUCGCUGCGGCACGGCGGCGAGGGCGCCGACCCCGUGGCCGCGUCCUGGAACUUCGAGGUGCUGGAGGGCAUGGGCGGCUGGAGCGCCGAGGGCUGCCGGCUCGCGGCGCGCGAGCCCAACGUCACCUCGCUGCAGUGCCGCCACCUCAGCAACGUGGCCGUGCUCAUGGAGCUGAGCGGCUUCCCCGGCGAGGCGCGCGGCCCCGGCGCGCCGCUGCACCCCGCCAUGUACGCGUGCACCGCCGUGCUGCUGCUCUGCCUCUUCGCCACCAUCAUCACCUACAUCGUCAACCACGGGGCCAUCCGUGUCACGCGCAAGGGCUGGCACGUGCUGCUCAACCUCUGCUUCCACAUGGCCAUGACGGCGGCGGUGUUCGCGGGCGGCAUCACGCUCACGGGCUACGUGCUGGUGUGCCAGGCGGUGGGCAUCGCCCUGCACUACUCCUCCCUGUCCACGCUGCUCUGGAUGGCCGUGCAGGCCCGGCUGCUCUACAAGGAGGUGACGUGGAAGGCGCCGCAGCAGCAGGACGGUGACAGUGCCCAGCCGGCCCCUCGGCCCAUGCUACGGUUCUACCUGAUCGCGGGCGGGAUACCCCUCAUCAUCUGCGGCGUCACGGCGGCCGUCAACAUCCACAACUACCACGACAACAACCCCUACUGCUGGCUGGUGUGGCGGCCCAGCCUGGGCGCCUUCUACGUGCCCGUGGCCUUCAUCGUGCUCCUCACCUGGGUUUACCUCCUGUGCGCCGCGCUGCGCCUGCGGUGCCGCAAGGAGGACGUCGCGGAGCCGCCGCCGCCGCCGCGGCUGGGAGGCAGCGGGAACCUCUCGAGCGACUCGGGCUCCGUCUCGGUGCCGCCGUGCCCGGAGGCGGACGGCGUGUACUCGCUGCCGGCGCAGCUCCGGGCGCUGGGCGCCACGCACUGCCUGUACGUGGCGCUCUGGACGUUCGGCGCCAUGGCCGUGUCGCAGCGGCGGCACCUCGCCGUCGUCUUCGGCUGCCUCUACGGGGCCACGGCGGUGGCGCUGGGGCUCUUCGUCGUGGCGCAGCACUGCGUGCGGCGGCGCGACGUGCUCCGCUCGUGGUGCCGCGCGAAGCAGCCCCGCGAGGGGCGGCCGCACCGCCUGCGCGCGCUGCGGGGCCCGGCCUCGGAGCAGCCGUCCAGCGAGAGCGGCAGCCUCCACAACAGCCACUCGGAGAGCUACGGCAGCGGCCGCAACAGCCCCCCGGGCACCGGGCGCGCGGGCGACGCGGCGCCCAGCGCCUCGGAGGGCAGCGAGGGCGGGCGGCAGGCGGCCGAUGGUGGCCGUACGCGCCGCCGGAGCGCCAGCCGGGAUAACCUGCGGCACGCCAGCGCCAUGGAGAAGGAGGCCAAGCGGCGCUCGUACCCGCUCAACGCGGCCGCCCACAACGGCGCCCUCGCGGGCAGCGGCUUCCACGUGGACCUCGCCGGCGCCGACGGCACUGCCGCUAUGAAGACCGGCCUGUGGAAGAGCGAAACCACCGUGUGAGAGACGGGAAAGGAGCUCCGGCGCCGUCCCGGCGGAGCCAAGGCCCUCGGGGAAUUGCUAAGUGCACUAGAUGGGAGCGUCCCGAGCCGAGCGGGACGGAAGGAGCCCGGCGCUGCCCACGGCACCGUCCCGCGCGGCGCUGCGCCGGCGAGGGCAACCCUCGCACUUCAGCAGCCCGAACUGCAACUUUAAUCACUCCUGCAUGUCACUUCAGACUGACCCUAAAUGCUAUUUUUAUUAUAUACAGAGGAAACAAAUGUCUAUUUUUCAAAUCUCUAUAUUAUUGUAUGUAUAUAUGUAUAGACAGACGGGUGACUGCUGCGAGUGUCUCCGGGGAGCAGGUCCGCGCUCUCCGGGGUGCCCUGGGAGGCUGGGCAAGAGCUUGUUCCGACGGCAACAUUCCCGGCGGAGCAGAGGAGACCGCAAAGCGGCGCCCUCAACGUAGCGGCCGGAGCGCGGCCGCUCGGUCGGCCCUGACCCCAGUCGGCUUCUUGGAAAGAGCCGGAAUGAAGCCCCUCGGUUUGGGAUGCUCUUGAACAGGAGCCUUUCUCUCCGAGCAGGAUGGAGCCCUGUGGGUUACGGAGAUGCCAAAGGAAAAGCCAUAGCUAAAGCGAGCACAAGGCAAGAGAUGUCCCCGCUGCCACCGUCGGCGCUGCCCUCCAGCCAGACGCUAAAAUCCCUGCACGGAGCCGCUCCGCGCAGCCCCACGGGCAGCAGCUACGUGAGCAGGGAGGCCGCGACGGCUCCGGGUCCUGCCUGAGCGGAGCUGAAUGCCCUGAACGACCCAGGAGCUCAACGAUCCUGCCCAAGUGGAGCUGAAUCCCCCUGAAGGACC